AUGUUUGCUAGAUCCCUCCAGCUAGAACUCAACGGCCUUCGCGAGCCAAGUAUUGCCGCUGUCCGCAAGACCGGACUGGAAUGGACGCAGUUCUACGUCGGCCUCUUUUUAGACUACUACGGUAUGCCGCACAUACCCACCUACCUUACACCUCUCGUUGUGUUCGUGGACAUGGCGCACAAGACGGCAGCGCUCCCUGGUAACACGGGCGAUGAAACCGUAAGCUUCACGUACACGCAAGACCUGGCAAAAUUUGUAGUGGCAGCCAUGGGUUUGAAACAUUGGGAAGAAGCGCUGCAUUGCUACAGCGAGAACACCUCUUUGUCUCGCCUCGUGCAGUUAGCUGAAGAAGCCCGCGGUUCAAAGUUCACCGUGACUUUCGACCCUGUCGAGAAGCUUGCACGCGGCGAGAUUACCGAAUUGCCUACUCACCCACAUUUGUACCCGUACUUCCCCAAGCCGCUACUUGUCGGCCUCUUGGCCAAGUUCGGGCUGUGGGCUGUGAAUGGAAUCAUGUUUGUUCCGCAUGAAGGAAGUUUGAACGAGAAGUUUCCUGAGAUAAAGCCCAAGAGUGUGGGGGAAGUUGUUGGGUCCUGGAAAGGAAAAUGA